CACCCCAUCCAUUAACACCACACCAAGCAACAUCAACGACGACGACAAACAACAACGGAAAUGUCGCUGCUUGUGAUUCUGACCGCACUGGCAGGCGUGGGUGUGUGCGCGUUUGCCCUCUACGUGGAACACGAGGCCACGACGCACGAGGACUACAAGGCGCCAUGCGACAUCUCGGAACACAUGUCUUGCACGCGGGUGUUUACAAGCCAGUGGGGUCGCGGCUACGGCAUUAUCGCGCCGCUGCUUGGUGAGGACUCGCCGCUCAACAUGCCCAACCCCUACUAUGGCAUCCUCUUCUACGUUGCGCUGCUGGUCAAGGAGCUCGUUCUCCCGCGCUCGCGCGUUCUCGACCUCAUGUGCUUUGCGGCCACACUUGUUGCGGUGGGCAUGUGCGCCUACCUGGCGUAUAUCCUGGCGUUUGUGCUUGAGGACUUCUGCGCCGUGUGUGUGUCGAGUUACGUCAUCAACGCGGCCUUGCUGUUCCUCCUCUGGCCAUCAUCCUCUCCUGCAUCACCAUCGACAAAGAAGAACAAGAAGAGGGACUGAUGUGUGACGUGGCUGAUGUGAUGAAUGACUCCGUGCCACACACCACGCGUCGCUCACAACACCAUCUUGCACCACCUUACCCCCUUUGCUCCCUUCUUUUUCUCAAUUCCACUCUUCUUCUCCCUUGUCCAUAUCAUCAUGACACACACUUGCUCGCACGCACAUAACCCCCCCCCCCUCGCUCUCUCCUGCAACUGUCUUGCCAACACUCCCCCUUCCCAUUUCCCCUUUGCUCGAUAGGCCAACGCUUUCUUUCGCUCCUGUGUACUGUGCUCCCCAAAUACACCCGCGCACGGCGACACGCUUGUUGUAUGAACCGCCUAUGACACACACACACACACG